AUGAACGGGAACGAGGGUGGACAUUACAGAUCCUUGUCGGCUUUUGUGGGAUUAGAGAACCACCUCCAGUCAUUUGACAUGACACCGAUGAGUACUUUCUUUCAAAACCUGGGCGAUCGAACUUGGGGAGCAAAUACAUUGGGCAAUGUUGGCGGCGGCAAUUCAGCUGUGCUCGGCGGCACGUCUGUCUCACAUGCUCCUUCUUCUUUCAGCGAGGCACAUAGUCCCUUAGGAUCAACGGGAGGCUUUUCUAUGGACGACUUCAGUAGCCACUUUGGUCAAGAUGGAUCUCUGCCUGCAAGUGUGACUCUGAGCCCACAGUUCAAAACAAGGGUAAACCAGAUUCUCACUCAAGUUGGGCUAAACGAGCAAAUGCUGAAAACAAAACCUGUCAAGGAACUGAACAACGUCUUGCGAAAUUGCCCAUAUUUGGGCAAGAACGAAAUUAAACUUAUAAAAGCACGUCGUCGAACUCUAAAGAAUCGAGGAUACGCGUACAACUGCAGGAUAAAAAGAAACGUGGAGCAGCGAAAACGGCAAAGCCGUCUUCAAAUUAUCGAAAGUGAAAACGAAGAAUUAAGAAAUCGAGUGAUGGACCUAGAGGAGAAGCUGAAAGUCGAGCAAUGCCGUAAGUGCUGCUCAACAUAA